GCUAAGGUCAUUUGUCAAUUGCUCUAAUUUUAGCAUCUCCGGGCAAACGUCAGUAAUCUCGACAGCACUCCGGACCUUCUCUAGCGAUAACAAACAUCUCCCUUUCCACCUAUCUGUACUGGCUAAGCAAAUCACAUACACACGUAAAUUACUCUCUCUCCUUUCUCUACAACAUCAACACUGCCUCAUGCCCAUCAAGAACGGCACACCCAACAUGGUUACAGGACAGAAGACAACCAGCCACGCACCCUCAACUCAGAAGGCAUCCCCCUCCCUCCACCCACCUACAACCACCUGUGCAUCACGCCUCUCAUUCCGGGCUCCGUUGAUCUCGUCACUCUGGCCGGGCUGGCCGGCAUCGAUGCAUCCAGCAGCGCCAACCCCAAGGCCAUCCUGGAGCAAGCCCGCAUGCCUAUCAAAAGAUCAAGACAUGUCUCGCGGCCGCAAAGGCUACCCCGCGAGACAUUGUCCAGGUCCGGUACUACAUUGUGAAGGAGACGGGUGACCUAGACGUGG